AACGCAGCACGGUGGCGUUCAUCAGUUUCUCUUCUUUUCUGCUGAAUACGAAUAAACAUUCACCGUAGUGGAUUUCUUGAGAUAUUUUUCAAUGGCAUCGUCCAAAUAUAAGGAUUUAGUCUGGAAAAGGAAAAGGCUAGAUAUGGUUAUUAGCUGCCUGAGGAAGGAGAAUGCCUGCCUGAAAAAGGCCCUGGUCGAGUUAUCUCGUCAACAUUCGAAGCAUCUCAAGCUAGUGCAGAGAUUUAUCUCUCUUCAAACUGUAAGGAUGGAGAACUCUCAGCAGCUGAUGGAUGAACAUAAUAAGACCGCUUCACCACCAGUGCUGAGUAAGAAAGGGCCAAACCUGAUGGAGGGAGUGAAUAAAGACAGGGUAUCUGCUUACGCCAGAGAGAUGGAAGAAAUCAAGAACAAGCUUGUGAGCCUCUCAGCUCGGUGUCAAGAUCUUGAGAACAAAGUUAAAGGAAAGAAGGAGUCGGAUGAACAAGGCUCAAACUACACACAAACAGAGCUUGAAAAUCACCUCAGAGAUGCCUUGGAGAAGAGCAAGCACUUGCUGGAAUACGACCAGCAGAGAGAGGCCUGUGUGAGGGCAGUCAUGGCCAGAAUGUUAUGGCUGGAGAGGCAGCUGAAUGAAGCCAAUCAGGCCCGCUCAAAUCAGGACAAUGAAGACCAUUCAGAUGAGAAAUGGAAAAUGUGCCAGAUGCAGGAGUUUUAUGAAAGACUUCUACAGAAAGCCAAAGAAGAGCUGGACGUGCUCAGGGAGCAGCUCAACCUCUCCAAACAGAAUCUGACAACAGCUCAAAAGUGGGGCAAAGAAAGGGAGAUGGAGGUGGAAGAGCUCAAGCAGCAGCUGCAUGAUCAUUGCUCCGAGUAUGAAGUCAAACAUCUGUCAGAAAAGACCGAAGACCUUGAGUACAGACUGCAUAAAGAGAAGCGUAGGACAGCGACCUUUGAGCUGCAGAUUAAACUCCUUCAGAAGUAUCUGCUUAACUCUCACCGUGGAGACCAGGAAAGGAUUGCAGACCUGGAGGCAAAGCUCUCCAGUCUGAAACCCACCUCCACCAGCAGAAGUGUACUCAAUGAAAGCUUCCUGAAUUGUCCUGGCUGCCUGGCCCAGUACCCUGCCAGUCACUACCAAGACCUGAUCAAACACAUGGAAUUCUGUCUUGAUUGAGCCGAGCCUUAACCUCCCUUGGAUCUGGACCUGUAAGACUGACUC